AUGUUAUGCUGUAUGGUAGCUGUAGUGAUAGCUGCGCCCGAGCCAAAGAAAUACAAACCAGAUUCAGUUGACAAAAAAACUGAAACACUCACGAAUAACGAGAGGCAGUUCCUUAGAGAAGUGGAAGAGAAAUUUGGCAUUAAAAAUGAAGUUCCAGUUGAAACUAAUGAAGCAGACACGGAAAUUAAUGACAAUACCAAAAAUGUAACUACAGAGAAAAAGCUAACGUUCCCAGCAGUUAUUGCUAUAGAAAUAGUUAACGAUACAGAUUCUAAGACAAAAGGAAAACGUACAAUUGAUGCCAACCUUGGUUAUGGAUAUCGUACUAACAAUGGAUACUCAUACAAUUAUUUUGGAAAGUCGUCCCAAGAUAAAGGCAGAUUCAUGAUAUACCCAUACUCUCAAGAAGAUAUCCCGGCGCGUCAUAGCAUUUAUAAUACCGAUUACUCACAAGUCGGUGGAAAAUAUCAUAAGACAUCUACAAAUGUAGAGAUACAGCCAUCACAAGCGUUUGAAUUAGUACCAGUGAAAGAACAGCAAGCGUCAUACGACUACAAGAAACCUGAAAUCGAAUUUAAAACACCAUCGCCUACAUUCAGCAGAGGAAACGAGCCUUCGUCAACUCUAUACACAACGUACAACGGUCAAGAAUUUUCUGGCUUAAGUUCACAGUUUCCCAAUCUGAUGUCGAACUACUUCGUCGAUCCAUCGCAGUUACUGACGAACCCUCAAUACCAGAGUGCAGGUUUAACUCAAGACCAUCUGAAAACUCACGAAUCGCAGUUAGGUCAGAGAAUCGUACCAGUCCUGGUCCUAAGAAUACCUAGUUCUUCUAUCAAAAAUCCUUCCGCUGAAUUGUAUGCGAACUUACCAAAUAACUAUCCAUUAUCGUCUUAUCUGAAUAAUGUAAACCUCCAACAAUUAGUCAACCAAUAUUUUAAGAAGCACGGAUACUCGUUUGCCCCUCAAAUAAUGGCUUAUCAAAAUCCUCAUGUUUCUCAAACUGAAGGUGAACCUCAGCACUAUGCUCAUCCAUACGUAAAGCCUUCAUACACACAUGCGGAUUAUUCAGGAGUUCAAUACUCCGCGGUUAAACCUGUAAUGGCAAGAUACCCAUCAGGUUAUACGCAACCGAAAUACGUGACGCCAGCACAACAUUCUCUGUACCGUCAACCACCACACCAGCGUUACGAAUACCAGUAUCAGUACGUUCCUCAGACAGCUGCUCAGCCUCAAACCUACUACGUUCCAUCUCAAUACGAGCAUCCAGCUUCUCAGCACGAGUACCAGAACACACAUACUUCAAUAGAUCAGCAUUCUAACGUCCAAGAUUCCCAUCCUAAUGUCGAGUACAGAACCCAGGAGCAAACUAGUCAGGAAAUUCCAGCGGAGGCCUAUGAACCUCAUAGUACUCCACAACAAAGUCUAGUACAACCAACAUCAUCGUACUACACUUCAGCUGACGCAGCUCCUCAAUAUGAAGCAGCGAGGGAAGCUGAGUAUUUAAAAGAAGAAAUACAACCAGAAUAUGACGCAAAAACAUUUGUAUCUGCUUUAGGACAAAAAGAGUCUGAAGUGUCAGUAUAUCCUUCUCGCUUAAUACAUUCCGAACAGUAUGAGGAGAGUAGUGGAGUUUCGGGUCAAGACUAUUCCUAUCAAAACGCUGAUUCAGCCAAGGCAUCACCGCUUUCAGAAAACUAUCCGAGCAAAGACCAUACCAUUGCUACUGUGUUCCCAAACUCAUACAGCGCUCCGCAGAAGCCUAAACAAAGCGUGCAAACUGUAAGCUAUGUGACUCCAAUGCCUUCAGCCAAAUACCAAUCUCAGUACAGAAUUAUGGUGCCACAGACUGUAUUCAAAACACCGAGCAGCGAGAAGGUGUCCUAUGUGAACUCUAUGCACUAUAACCAGGCAGGAAGGUACCAUCAUGAUUUGGAACAAGAAGAGGAGUAUACUUCUAGUGCCCACUAUGUACCGCCAGUGGCGAGUAGACCGUCUUACCCUAGGAAUCACCAUACUCAUCCAAAGCGCAUGGCCAAGCCUGAUAACAAGGCAGAAGCUUCGACGAAAGCGAAGAAAACGGAGAGGCCCGACGCUAAGAAAUCAUCAUGA